AUGACUUCGACACUUCUCUUUUCAGUCGUUUCGGCGCUUCUCAUGGAUGGAUUUUCUGUUGCACAGCCUACUCGUGUUAUUGAUAGUGAUUUCGCGGAUCCAUGUGUCAUUCAGACCGGCGAUGGAUACUAUGCCUUCGCGACCAGUGGGAACGGAGUGAAUGUUCAGAUUGCUUCAUCCUCUGACUUUGCAUCUUGGCAGCUCCUGUCGGGUAAUGAUGCCAUGCCAGGCCCCUUCCCAAGCUGGGUCGCUUCUACUCCUGCCAUCUGGGCUCCCGAUGUCAUCCAGAGAGACGACGGUACCUUUGUCAUGUACUUCUCUGCUUCAUCAGCAGACGAUGACUCCAAGCACUGCGUCGGUGCGGCCACUUCUUCCAGCAUCACUGGGCCCUAUACACCCGAAGACAGUCCCCUGGCCUGCCCCCUAGAUCAAGGUGGUGCGAUCGAUGCCGACGGCUUCAAGGACGGCGACACCUACUAUGUUGUUUACAAGGUGGAUGGUAACAGCAUCCAAUCCGACUCCACUCCUUUGAUGCUGCAAGGACUGAAUUCUGAUGCCGUCACUCCUAACAGCGAUCCAACCCAACUUCUGGAUCGUGAUGAUGCCGAUGGCCCGUUGAUCGAGGCUCCCAGUCUGGCAAACGUGGAUGGCACAUACUACCUCACUUUCUCCUCCAAUGUUUAUAGCACAAAAGAUUACGAUGUGAGCUACGCAACGGCCCCUACCCUCACGGGGCCUUAUACCAAGGCGCAGGCCCCCGAUGCUCCUUUGCUAGUAUCGGGUGAUUCGAGUGACGUUGGCGAGCUGGGAGGACCUGGUGGUUCUGAUUUUAAUGCAGAUGGCUCCAAGAUUGUUUUCCAUGCCUUUGAGAACGGGGAAAACAUGGACAAAGGUCGUGCGAUGUGGGUUGCUGACAUCCACUGUGGUGACGGCGUGAUCAGCAUACUUUGA